GAUGCACUGCCCGCAGUCGGGAGCGGGGUCAGGAGGGAGUCAGCCACAAUUAAAGCAAUCAAUGCUUGUCGAAUCAGACAACGAACCAGGGGUCUGGUUUAUUAAUUCAUCACAAUACAGAGGUUGGAUCUUUGAUGACAACUUGGAUAUUCCACGAUGGGUGUGGGUUUUGCGCAGAGCACCAACGGUUAAACCGGACAUCUACCCUCCAUAUGAUAGUAGAUGGAGGCAAAUGGGUGCAAAGCGGAUGGUGGAUAGGGAUGUGGGCUUUCUUACCAAGCCCAUGAUAGAUGAUGCCUCGGUGUUAGAUGACAGGCAGAGAUUACAGACCAUGGUAGAGCUAAACAAAGUGGGCCAAGCAGCGAAGCAGGCUUUCCUGGAAAACAGGAGAGCAAGAGAGGAAGCACGGAGGUCAAAAGAGAAGGGAAGUAAAGAUGAAGAGGGGGGCGAUAGUGUGCAGGGAAGUAAGACCGUGUCAAGGAGUAAGGGAAUGACGGAGCAAGAAUCUGUGGAAGAUGGAGGAGACAGGGUCACUGGAAGUGAUGAGAAGGGAGGAGAAUCAUCAACCUCUCUUAAGAGGAAAAUCACUGAUAGGGAAUCAGGGAAAGCACAGGAUUCGGGUGGCGAGAGUGUCGAAGGGCAAGGGAAAAUGGCACAGGAUUCGGAUACGGAUUUGGAGGGGGACAGUGACAAGGGGGAGGACGACUGGGAGGAAGAAGACGAGGAAGAAGAGGACGAACCGAAGACACUGUCACAGUGGAUUAAACAUGUUCACAAGUUAGAGUGGGAGAGGCACAUUGAGUGUGAGAUUCGCUUGGCACAUCACAAGCAUUUGCGCAAUCUCAAACAAGCCACAGCAGCGGGAGACGACAUUACAACAACAAACAGAUUCGAAAGACUGAAGAAUGAGCAGGAGGUUAAUGAGUUCUAUACCACUCAAUAUGGAUGGAAGGCCAGGUUGGACAGGAAUGACAUAACGGUGCAUAACGCGGGCUACUCUAAGCAGUUCAUUUGGCCCAAGUCUUAUCAGCCACAGGGUCUGAAGAGAGCUGAGCAGAAGAGAAGGGCGCAACAGCAAGAACAAGAGCAGUUGGGAAGAAGGGACCAUGAUUUGUCACAUGCCACUCAAGGGUUGGAUUUGGAUGAACAGAUGGAGGAGGAAAAGGGACAGGCAGCGAUCUUGGAGGCACAACUGGAGGUUCUCAGGGAUCAAAACAGGGAGUUAGGGGAAGACACUACAAAUCUGCAGAAAAUAGCCUAUGCUCCACACGCAGACGUCAACGCAACAGCCAAGUUGUAUGCAAGACAAAACCCAGGCAAGAGAAUCAUUUUGCCUUACAGAUGGAACAGCGGCAAUGCUGAUUGGGAGGUAGCCAUCCACAGGUCUCCGACACUGAUCACAGUGAAGGACAGUCACUGCGAGCAUGUCAUAUUGAAGGAACUUAUCACAAAAGAUCUGCCCGAGCAGGCACACGUCAUUGGGGAUCUCAACCAGGAUAGGGAAGAAUGGGAAGACACGGAGGGUACAAGGCACAUGUUGGAUUAAAGACCAGUCAUGAUCAAGUUACAGGAAAGGGCGGUGCUGGCAGAGGGUUUCACCUGGAUGCCAUGGCAGGUGGUGGAAACGAUCCCAUAUGGUCUGCUGGGAGGGUUGGAGGCGUCAGAGUGGGUGGCAAGAGGAGAGGCCAUAGUGACCAAAAGCGACGUGUUUGCAUGGCAGCCGAAAUACAUGGACGAAAAGAUGGACAUUAUGGCUACAACAAUAGAGUGGACAAGGGCAGGAUCUUGAGUAGUGAGUUCGAAAAGAGUCAAAAAGACAACAUAGAUCAUGGAGGUGGGACUGAGGGAGGGAGUGUACAAACGUAGAAGGACAGUGGAACCUUCUAAGAAUAGGGAACCAGACUUUAAGGUUAUGUCUUGGAACAUUAAUGGGAUGGUACAAAUCUUAGAAAAUAAGGAUAAGUGGGAUAAUGUAAUAAGGUACUCAAAUUGGUUUGGGAAGACACCCCCAGAUUUGCAGGAAACUCAUCUUACGGAUUCCUUAGAGCAUCGGAAUAUUCACCAGCGUAUAGUAAAACACUCAAGGUGGG